AUGGAAUCCACCAGUGAUAAAGAUUGGGCCACCAAAUAUCUUCUUGACCCUCUCAAUGCGCCUGAGCCUUUCCAAGAAGAUGGCCCAGGCAACGCCUUUCGCCCCGGUGCUACUGCUGCUCCAAUAAAGCAAUCUGCAUCACAGUCUCCUCCAGGGCGAAGGCUGUCAAAGACCAAUCCAUAUCGCAAAAGCCCAGGUACCACCUCAACGACCUCCGAGGUCCGGCGCAGUGCGUCACUCAACAGUAGCAGCAACAAAGCUGCUUCAUACCCUUCUCCACCACCUUCCGCCGCUUCUCCCAACGGAAGAUAUCCUCCUCAAUCACCGAUCAACCUCAAUUCGCCUCAUUCUCCCCGCUCUCCUUCCCACCGACAAGAAGCCUUUGGAGAGAAUAGGUCUGGACGUCGAAGAACCAGCUCUCUCGGAGAACGCUAUCCUGGUGACAUGUCCCACCGACCACUGGACACGCUCUUGAAAGAGAAACACCAGGCAGACCGUGCCAGACACAUGAUUCGAAAGCACCACAUCCGACCUGACACCAUCGACUCUCUGGAUAACAGUGGACUCGGUGCCUAUCACCACGGUGGUCCCUAUGAUGUAACUCUGUAUGCAAGAAACAACACGGUCAACUCUCCUCUAGCCGCCCUGAAAGACUCCAAUGAGGAAGCUCUCAAAGCAACACCCAAAGAAAAGAUCAUUGACAGCGUCCAGCACCACCGCCCGCUCGAUGGCGUUGCAGCCUAUGCACCGGGUGCUUACGAUCGCAAUGGUCGCCUUUACACCUACGAGGAAGGCGACAACAUGAUGACCGAUAAUCAAGCCGGUGGUGGUGCCUACAAGCGCUGGCCGGGCGUCCAAUAUCACCCGGAUGACAUCAAGGGCAAAGGCGAGCCGAGCUACAGCAUAGAGAAGGCUCUGAAAGAGCACAAGAUCCGCGAUGAGAAAGCAGCGAGCGACGGCAUCGAAAUGAAGACCAAUCCGCGGGACCACCGCACCGGUCACAGCCGGGAGCCUAGUGGAGGUGGCACCAUUGCCACCACUGGUUGGGAUGAUGACGGAGCUCAAGUCCACCGGAGUGGUAGCAUUGGCAAGAGACUCAGCGGCGGUCUGAAGAAACGGUUUGGUAGUAUCAAGAAGAGCAACAAAGAUGGUACUGAGUAA